CUUUAUAUUUGUCGGCGCAGGACUCUGCAACAUAUUUGCAUAAAGAAAAGAAAUCAUAUUGAAAAAAUAAUAUUAAAAAUCUUUUGUAGUUUAAUAAAUUUAUAACGUAAUUAAUUAACCAAAUAAUUUAGUACGUAAAUAUGAUGUGAAUAAUAAAUAGAACGAGUGCAUUGAAUUAGUGUUAAGUUCUAAAAAAUCUAAGAAAAAAUUUUGCAAAGUCUGGAAGCAACAAUAGAAGAUAUAAAAUUUCUAAAGGCUAACUACCUCCCUCCCAUCAAGCCCGACAGCAAGAGGAAAAGCAAUAGCAGACAGAGGCAAAUAUGCAGGUUUUUAAACAACAUUCAUAUCGUCAUUUGCAUUUAUUGAUAAAUGUUUUCUUAUACUGCGUCAUUUGGAGUGGUGUGGAGGCCUAUAAUGUCCAGAUCCAAAGCUCCGAUUCGGUACUAAUUGGAUCGACUAUUAAUUUUACGGCCACUUUAUAUGAUGAUGGAAAUAUUGCCUCCAACGCUGAAUAUCGUUAUACAUGGAGGGAUAGUGCAAAUCCCCAACAUUAUGGGGUUUUCUCUUCAACCAAGCCCAUUAACACCUGGUCCAUAGCAUAUCCCAAAAAUAAAACAAAAUAUGGUCAAUAUAGAGUUCAAGUAACUGUUGAAAAAGAUUAUAUAAUUUGGAUAAAAAUCGCCACAAGUUCGGUGAUUAUUGAAGUGUCCGAUACUUUGGGUGGUCAAAUGCAACUUAUACAAGAUGGUAAUGUACGUCAAAAAGAAUAUGUUUCCACCAAGACAAUUGUAAAUCAUUCCAUCGAUUUGCCCGAAGAAGAAAGAAAUUAUCUAAUGGAAAAUGCCACUUAUAUACAAACAUAUUGGUUCCAAAACUGUACAUAUCUGGGUGUGACAGAUGGUCUUAAUUACCAGGCAUUAUACAGUGAACCAGAGCAGGUCUAUGAAAUCGAAGCCUUAGUAGUGGCUUCAUUUGAAAAGUUACCAGAUCCGGUAACAACCACUACUACAACUACAACCACCACGACAACAACUACAACGACUACAACCACUACCACAACAACACCUAAAACUACUACACCGACAACUACAACAACUAGUAGCACCACAACUUCCACUACGCCAAAACCAGCCACCAGAACAAAACGUGACACUUUGGCAGCCGAUAAAGAAAUUGCUGAAAUGGCUCAUGCCAAUGCAGCUCUAUUAGGACUUAAUCUUACAGCUGCUUUACAACAACAAAAUAAAAAUAACAAUUCGUCAGCUUUAAAUAUCUCAUCCGUAUUGGUUAAUCCAAAAUUAAGUUCUAAUGUUAAACACUACAAUCUAUUACCAGCUACGGCUACACUCUUUGACAACCAACCACCCUUCAAUUGUGUUAAUAAAUCGGUUAUAGCCAGAGAUCCCAUGAAAGUGUAUGGCUAUUAUAAAAGAUUGAUUGUGUCGAAAUCUCCCAUCACCAAUUUCACUGCUGAUGGCAAAAACUGGCUGCAACAUGGUGAUAUUCUUAGUUUAAAUAUAAAGUGCAAAGGUUCAGCUAAAAUCAAAUAUUGUUCUUUGGUUUAUAAUGCUCCUUAUAAUGCAACUGGCAACGAAAGCUGUUCGUAUUAUUACGAUGUUGAUGAAUGUGAAUUUAAUUAUUCUCGUUAUUUCGCAGAGAGUAAAACCGUAUUGUUCUUUAUACGCAAUGAUGUCUCAGAGAUGGUUAAUCAAGUUACAAUUAAUAUUUAUGAGGCAAAACGGCAAUCUCAGCUUUCGGUCGUUGUGGUGCCUGUUUCCUGCACUUUAGUUGCUAUAAUUUUAGUUGUAUUUGGUGUCUCUUAUUACUUGCAAAGCCGUAAUCGUUUUAAUGUUGAGGUGGCCGAUUUUAACUUUGGUGAAACUCAAUCUGUCGAUAUGGAGUACAAGACAUUCCAUCAACGUUUAAUCGAAAGUAUACGUGAUGUUUUACCCACAAGACGACAGUUUACACGAUCUAAUUCUGAUUUAGGGCCUGAACCUGAGAGUCCUGGGGUUGGUGGCAUCGAUAGCAAUUUGCGUUAUAAUACAAUGAAUUAAUUAGACAUUUUCUAACACACACACAAAACACAAUUGUUGAACAAUUCUUUUGCAUAAUAUUUUUUUUAUAUAUUUAAAAGAAAACAAAUGAGUAAGAGUAUGGAGUAUUGGAAAUUAAUUUAAAAUAAAAACACAUUAUACAAUAAGAUAAUGUGUGGUAUUAAGUGUGUUUGAUAACUAUUUGAAUAUUUUUUGUUUGUUAUUUUAAAAUAAUUUUUUAUUAUUUUUUAUUAUUAUUAUUAUUAUUAUUAUUGUAAAUUAUACAUUAAUCUUUAGGUUUAAUGAUUUUUUUCUACAUGUUUACUACUAAUUUGUUUGUAUUAUUAUUUUUUGUGUGUUUUCUUUAAUUUCUCAUGCGUUUCUUUAAACUCGCAGCAGUUGGCAUAAAAUAGUAACUUUAGCUUAUAAAAAGCUUAAUUAAUAAGAUUUUAUAAAACUGUUAAAUUAUUUAGAAACUAAUAUUGAUCAUUACCAACUGUUGUACCACUAAUACUUUCCAUAAACAUUGCUCUUUUUAUAAAAUCUCAUUGUUGGCCAAAAAACAAAGUAAGAAAAGUUAAAACAAAACAAACCAUUAAAAAAUGUUAAAACAAAACAAAAAUUUAGAUUUAUAU